CCUUACCUAUAUUCACAUUGCAACAACCAUAGCCAUGGCUUUCUCCUCCUCUAACUUACUUCUCCUUGCCUGCUCCUUCUGCCUGUUCUCAUCUCUGGCUUUUGGACGCCAUUUCUCCAUUGUGGGGUACUCACCGGAGGACUUAAACUCCAUGGAUAAGCUCAUUCAACUCUUUGAAUCCUGGAUGUCUCGGCACGGCAAGAUUUACGAGAGCAUUGAGGAGAAGCUGCUAAGGUUCCACAUUUUCAAGGACAACUUGAAGCACAUAGAUGAGAGAAACAACGUCAUCACCAACUACUGGCUUGGGUUGAACGAGUUUGCGGAUUUGAGCCACCAAGAGUUUAAGAACAAAUAUCUUGGCCUUAAGGUUGACAACUCUAGAAGGAGAGAAUCCCCAGAAGAAUUCACUUACAAAGAUGUUGAAUUGCCGAAGUCGGUGGAUUGGAGAAAGAAGGGUGCUGUGACACAAGUCAAGAACCAAGGUUCAUGUGGUAGCUGCUGGGCAUUUUCCACUGUUGCAGCGGUUGAAGGAAUAAACCAAAUUGUGACGGGAAAUUUGACAUCAUUGUCUGAGCAAGAAUUGAUUGACUGUGACAGAACUUACAACAGUGGUUGCAAUGGGGGCCUCAUGGAUUAUGCAUUCUCUUUUAUAGUACAAAACGGUGGACUCCAUAAAGAGGAAGACUAUCCUUACAUCAUGGAGGAAGGUACUUGCGAGAUGACUAAGGAAGAAACUGAAGUCGUCACGAUUAGUGGCUACCAUGACGUGCCACAAAACAAUGAACAGAGCCUAUUGAAGGCUCUUGCGAACCAACCCCUCAGUGUGGCCAUAGAGGCUUCAAGCAGAGAUUUCCAAUUUUACAGUGGGGGUGUUUUCGAUGGACAUUGCGGAAGUGACUUAGAUCAUGGAGUGGCUGCUGUUGGAUACGGAACUUCAAAAGGAGUGGAUUAUAUCAUAGUGAAAAAUUCAUGGGGAUCUAAGUGGGGAGAGAAAGGGUACAUAAGAAUGAAGAGAAACAUCGGAAAACCUGAGGGAAUCUGCGGAAUCUAUAAGAUGGCUUCUUAUCCUACCAAGAAGAAAUAAGAUAAAAAAAACAUUUUCUGGUGUCUCAAGUUGUUUCCUUUUACUGAUCCAUUCUCGGUGUCUGCUGAAAAAUUCAAACAAUGUAACGUUUUCUUUGUGAUAAUAAAAUGAUUUAAUCUUUACAUUA